GAUGGGUUUUGGCGAAGAGGCCAUAACUGCAUCUCGAAUGGAUGCAAUUCCUAGCCUCGCCGGUGCACGAGCAAAAAGUUGGACAACGAGUCUAAACGAACGAUCGUGGCUCAUAACUAUUUUGGAAAAUCGACUCGAAAUUGAAGUUUCAAAUAUAAACUGUCUCUAUCUACGCUAUUCCUAUGAAAUUAUUUCCUCCGCAAGGGCUAAUUUGAGGUGCACCUUGACGUGCAUAAGCAGUGCUCAUUUUCAUGUCUAAAUUUAAGAAUAUCAAUCAGCGUUUAUCUUAUCACUUUAAUUGACGGCUUGCUCGACUGUACGAGUAUUAUUCUCUACAAUAAUAAGUACUGUCAUGACCCGAUGUGCCUCAAUUUCCUUUAGCUAGUUACUCGGAUCAUCUAUGACUGAUAUCCUCGAAUUUCAGAUGACCUCGAGAGGAGCCAUCGUCGUGCUGCUCUGCGUGCUGCUCAGCGCAGCAAGGGCUGAUAACAGCGUGCACAUACUCUCCAAGUACAGUCAUCAGCUGAUCACGUCGAGCACCCUGAACUGGAUACCUCACACCCACUACGACUCGAACAAGGACUUCGUGAUCGGUGCCUUCGUCAAGUACGAGCAAGCCGAAGACGGCACGUACAACAAUCAGGCGGAUCGGGUGGAGUCGACCAAGGGGGUGGUUUUCGUGUGCCGAGCGCUGCACACAGGCAUCUGGGUGACGGGGUGGAAUAUCAAAGGUGAAAAGCGCUGUGUGGUGUCCUUAUUGGGGUACGUCAAGGCCUAUGAGAGGUUCGAGCUCCUAGAGAACGUGGACAGCGCCGCCAGGGUCGGCUGGGUCGGAUGGGACAAGUAUCACCAGGUGCCCGUGGGAGCCGUGGCUACCGAAAAGAUGUACGUCGCCCGACACGUCGUGCCCGACUCCGAGGGGGAUGAAUCUACUUCCAACUUCACCCACUACGUCGGCACCUUCAAUCCCACCGACAGGCUCGGCACCAUCACUUACGUCAAGGAUAACGACCGGGAAGAGUCCGCCGAGUCCGGUGAAGUUCUGGUGGAGACCGAGCCGACCCACUACGAGUUGACAUCGGUUAAGUUGAAUUUUGCGAAAAAGCGAAUUUUCAAGAGAAUCCCGUUGGUCCUCGGCGAGGCCGUCCUGAGCAACCCUAAUGACAAGCCGGUCAAGGUGGCGGAGGCUUUCGGUUAUGCAUAUAAUUAUACUUUGUACUGGGGACAAGGCCAUGCGAUAUUGAAGGGUCUCAACACCUCGGUGACGCUCAUCAACAAGACCAGGCUGCCCGAUAUCGUCUGGGGCAUCGAAGAAAAGGAAAAUCGCACAAGCGUGCACACGGUGGAGGUGAUCCUGGAGCCAGGCACAGCAGUGAACGUGACCCUGAGGGCGAACUACACGGACAUGGAGGUGCCGUACACCGGGAAAAUAGUAUCGCACUACGAGGACGGCACCGGGAUGUCACGUCCGAUAAGUGGGAUCCGACGCGAGGAGACGAUGUUCGACGUGCACCCAGAGAUCGGGCCUAUCUACUUCCUGCAGAACCAGAGCUUAGUGCCGACGACGGAGCCGCCAACGACGACCACAGAGCCGACGACGACGACCGUUAUCGCGGCGCUCGGCGCCGUCCACGAUAUCUUCCACGGGCAGGAGGACGAGAAGCAGACCGUCGAGGAGAUCGACGAGGAAACCCGUAAUCCCGACGAGAACAUGAUCAUACCGCCGAAGAAGUCCGACACAACGAACAUGCAGAGCGACGACGGGGGCCCGCUCUCCCUUAAGGACAAGGUGGAGGGGCCCAGCUCCGCGGCAGGGGGUUUCGGCAGAUGCGACUUCGUCCUCGGGAGCCUGCUGGUGAUGGCCCUGACCAGGAUCACGUGAAGAGGCCCCAACGUCUACUCGCGUCGACCGGGCACCCCGGGCUCGAGACUAAGGGAAGCAACGGCAAUAUAGUAACGAGAUUCGAUUUCUAGAGUACUAAAUACCGGCGAAAGCGGGGCGGGGGGUAAGGAAGAUGGCCGGAGCGGGGGAGAAGAAAAAGGACUGCGGGGAACUAGUUACCGCUAUUAAUUAAUCCCGAUUGAUAGGGCUAAUCCGUUCACUGGGGAUCCUUCGAUCGGACGAGUCUUUUUGGCUAUGUUACCAGAGGCCGCGCGGGGUUGGGCUCUGUCGCUAACAUAUGCUUGCCUUUAAGACAGAACCUUGACAUUUAAUAUAUAAUAUAAAUAUAAAUAUAUAAAUAUAUAAAUAUAUAUAUAUAUAUACGUAUAGUAUAUAGUGAGAGGAAAGAAAAAUCUAUUGACUAUGAGCUAGUCUCAGGAGAUAUUGAGAGAGUACAAGCGACCGCGGCCACGAGGGUAGGCAUCGUCCACGUUAUCACCGAGGACUCGACCGAUUAGGGGGUUGCAUUAACCCUUUUGUCCCGGGAGCGGAAAUUGUCCUUCGGCCGAUCGGCUGCCUUCGUUAAGAGUCCUACGUUCACUCAGCCUGACCUCGGCUCGACUAGCUAGCCUCCGAUCGCUUCGAGACUUCGUUCGGUGUCUACCGACCUUUACAACCCUUAACCUUGCGCGUCUUACGAUUUGCUACACUGAGUAGGGGGCGUUCAUUAAGGCCGACUUACAUGGCCAGGAAGAGUCGGCGAGGGAGAGAAAGAGAGAGAGAGAGAGAGAGAGAGAGAGAGAAAGAAAUGCGCUAAAUGAAGCAGCUAUGCUAUAUUUUUGAGAUCGCAGUGUAAUUUUAGAAGUUUAUAAGGUUUAUAAAGGGUAGCACAUAAGGGAGUACCGGUAGAAAGGCGGAAGGGCUCGCCGGGGUGAGAUCGGAGAAUCGUGAAAAAAGAAAUGGGAAAAAAAAAUGAAAGAGAGGAUUCGUCCUUAGAAAGCUGCGAGCCCGCGAUCGACAUUCCAGAGACACGCUCGAUGGCCUCUGCUUUCCGCUGAAUCAGCGAAAUGCAGAUAUUAGGGGGAGGCUUCGAUAUGUAUAUAAUUGCCCGGCUGAGGAGUCGCGAUCUAGGCGUAAUAAAUUGUUACAUCGUAAUUAUUUAAUUCAUCAUUUUUCUACGGGAAGUAAGUUUGCGAGUACGGCGCGUCUAGUGACUUGUUUCGUAUUGUCGGUUUAGUUUUAUCGCUCGCGGCGCAUCGGACGAGGACAUGCUUUGUUACGUUCGUUUUGGGCUUGUUGAUGGAUCUUGUAAGUCUAGGAUUAAGUAGGGGUAUAAUAUGCGAUGGUUUAAGGUGAUAUGAAAAGUGACUGCUAAGGAAUCAAUCGUUUUAGGUUUUAGGACAUUUUUUCUGAAAACGGGGUGCUCCGAAUUGUUUGAACAAUUAUCGCUCGAAUAGGAGAGGCUUUAAGGAAGACCCUGACAUCCAUCAAACUUCAUUUUCUAUGAAAAAUUAAAAAGUAAACUCGAAUCUCUCAAUUCACGUGAACAAAUUUCAAACGAUAUGGUACAUCCAGUUUGAAGAAAAGUUUCAUAAACGAUUGAUUUAUUAGGUGCGACUUUGAUAUCGCCUUAACUGCGAGUUGAUAAAAGAUGUUCAGGAGCGUCUGAUGGAAACGAGGACGAAAGAUGGGAAGUAUUAUUCCUUUUUUUGCGGUAGGGUUGAGAAACGAUGAGCUGAGGUGGUAAGUGCGAUGCUUCGUUCGCUUCUAGACGGUCAUUCGAUCGGUAAAUGUACGCCCGUCAAAAAGACCCAAGUUGCGGAAGCUAUAAUCGGCGUUCGUCCACAUAGCACACGUUGAAAUAAAGGAAAUUAAAGCUAUCGUUAAUUAAGUCCAUGUAUAACAUUUCUGAGAUGUAAUGUUAAACUGCACAUGCAUUGUACUACAAGCUUUUCUAUAACUCUGUAAUAUGAAGGCCAUGAAAGAAGAAGAAAUAAAUGCCGCCGUGAGUACCAGCACGUGAAUCUUAACAUUGUUGGAAGUUGUCUUGGACAGUAUUCGCGCUUUAAAGAUUGAUAUUUAUGGAUUACCUACUGUACUGUACAUUAUCAUGUAAAUAUAAACGUAAUGUAUAUGUUGGACGUGUGACUGCACA